CCGCAGGAGGAAGAGGACGUCAGUUGUGCACGCUGCAGGGGACUUGGAGGUUGUAUAGGAUUUCAGAUGCUUGCACUUGUGGAAUAACAGAAAUUUGGAAAGUGGUGACUUACCCCCUGGGUGUAGGUGAAGGUUUUCUGGGAUCUGGGUGAACGGAUGUUCGCAGCAAAUCCAAAAAUGGCUGUUAUAUUCUGUAUCUGAAUUUAGCUGUCAUAUCAUGGAUGCCAGCAAAAAGAUAGACUUACAAACACUACAGCAGAGAAGCAACCCCGACCGCAGCCUCGCCACCACCAUCUACGUACCAGAGCAAGGAGGCUACAAGGAAAAGUUUCUGAAGCAGGUGGAAGAAAAGUACAAGUGUGAGAAGUGCAGGCUUGUCCUAUGUAACCCCCGGCAGACAGAAUGUGGUCACCGAUACUGUGAGACCUGCAUGAACUCAUUACUAAGCUCCUCCAAUCCACAAUGUAUGGCGUGUGAAGAAAUUAUUAUUAAAGAAAAGGUGUUUAAGGAUAACUGUUGUCGGAGAGAGGUGCUUGCACUUCAGAUGUACUGCAGGAAUGAGAGCAGAGGCUGCAAGGAGCAAAUAACACUAGGCACUUUAUUGAUACACUUAAAAAGUGAUUGUCAGUUUGAAGAACUUUCCUGUCCUCGGGCCGACUGCAAAGAAAAAGUCAUUCGUAAGGAUCUCAGCGACCACAUAGAGAAGACAUGCAAAUACAGAGAAACACCCUGCCAGUACUGCAAGAACCAAGUACCGCUGGUCGAAAUGCAGAAUCAUGAAGAUAUAGAUUGCCCAUCAGUCGUGGUGUCCUGUCCGCAUAAAUGCAGUGUAAAAAGUUUAUUGAGAAGUGAGCUGAAUUCUCAUUUAUUAGAAUGUGUGAACGCCCCCAGCACCUGCAGUUUUAAACGCUAUGGCUGCAGUUUUAAGGGAACAAACCAACAAAUUAAAGCACAUGAAGCCAGCUCUGCUGUUCAGCAUGUAAAUUUAAUGAAAGAAUGGAGCAGUUUUUUGGAAACCAAGGUGUCGAAACUACAAAACGAAAGCUCUGAAAAAAACAAAAGUAUCCAGCUAUUGCAUAACCAGAUGUGUAACUUCGAAGUGGAGAUCGAAAGACAUAAAGAGCUGUUAAGAAACAAUGAGGCGAAAAUUCACCAGUUACAGAGGGUGAUUGAAGGCCAAGCAGACAAACUGAAGGACUUAGACAAGGAAAUCCGAAGCAUGCGGCAGACGGGAGACGACGACGAUAGUGUGAAAAACAGCGUUGAGUCAUUAAAAACUCGUUUGUCCCAAUUAGAAACCAUGAGUAAAACCGCAGUUGCUUGGAACCCUGGUGUCUUGGAGACUCAGAUCAAUAGACACGAUCAGAUGCUGAGCGUUCACGACAUCCGCCUGGCCGAUAUGGACCUCCGGUUCCAAGUGCUGGAGACUGCGAGUUACAACGGGAUCCUGAUCUGGAAGAUCCGGGAUUACAAGAGACGGAAGCAGGAGGCUGUCAUGGGGAAGACGCUAUCUUUGUACAGCCAGCCCUUUUACACCGGAUACUUUGGGUACAAGAUGUGCGCAAGGGUCUAUCUGAACGGGGACGGCAUGGGCAAGAACACGCACCUGUCGCUGUUCUUCGUGAUCAUGAGAGGAGAGUACGACGCGCUGCUGACUUGGCCCUUCAAACAAAAAGUCAGCCUCAUGCUCAUGGACCAGGGGCCGUCAAGACGGCAUUUAGGGGACGCCUUUAAGCCAGACCCAAACAGCAGCAGCUUCAAGAAACCCACCGGGGAAAUGAACAUCGCCUCCGGUUGCCCCGUAUUUGUCGCCCAAAGCGUCUUGGAGAACGGGACGUACAUUAAAGAUGAUACUAUUUUUAUUAAAGUCAUAGUGGAUACCUCGGACCUGCCAGACCCUUGAGAACAGGCGGCAAGGUGUUGUCAGGUAGAAGACAGACCAGCUUCGGGGUGUUUUGUAUGUCGGUCAUGAAGGAGGGAGGUCCGAAGGUUUUAAAGGAGGAGCGGUCGGCGCUCGGGCAGGAGGCUCUGAAGGAACAAGGACGGCGGAGUCUGACGUGCGGCCCCACAACUUACCGCGCCAAGGAUCGAAAUCUAUAUGUUGUGCUGAUGAGAAUGUUGGAUAUAUUACAAACUUUAAGAGUAGUGUGACCAUUGUGAAAGUUGCAGUUGUAAUUUUUAAUUUUUUUUG